CUGUGUCAGAGAGAAAUCGCUACUACCUACCUACCUAACCUCAAUUCAAAUCAAAUCAUCACUACUACAAAAUCAAAACAAAAUUAGGAGAUUACCUAUUUUAAAUUAAAUUCAAAAACAUUCCCUAAAAGAAAAUCAACCCAUACUAAUAUCGAAAACCAAUUUUCAUCAUGGAUAAAAAUGUAGAAGAUCCUGGACCGUCAGCUUCGUCGAAAACCAAAACUUUCCGAAAAACGAAAGUGGAUUUUUUUGAACCCCAAGAAAGCGUUCUGCACGAGGAUCUAGACACAAAUUGUUUGUACCAGUUUGAUAAAGCUCUAGUGCGUAUCGAGUAUCCAGGUCUUGUGAAAAAUCCAGAAAAAGCUAUAGAAUCUUUAGGCGGCAUUACCAGCAUCGAGCAUGCCGCUGUUGAAGGCAAGAAACUGGGGCUUUAUUUCAAUCCAAAAAGCGUAUAUAUGAAAGGAUGUGUGGCUGAUAAGGAUCAAAACAUAGGCCUUUUAAUUAAAGUAAAACAAGGUAAAGAUAAUCAGGAAGCCCAAUAUGAAAUCCUCGGAAUUACUGAUACAUGUUUCAAAUUCAACAGAAUGUGCGAUUUUCAAUAUUUACCUUUAAUAGCUAAAGAUAAAAAUGAAAAUAAAGAAUCUGAUGUCGAAUAUAUUUACAGUAAAAUUGUAUGUGAUAAAAUACCUACUUUAGAAUGGUUUACGAAAAAGGAAAUAGCCAAUGACCCACCGUUUUUAAUUUCUGGAAAUUUUGGACGUUUUGAUGUGCCCCACAGCCGCUUUAGCUUAAAUUCAAUCGAAUUAUUUAAUUCAAUGGUCAGAAGAGGUGCACCUCAGAUAUUAGAUUUUGGCAAAAAACACACCAGGCAAAAAAUAAUAGCUUCUUCAAUAAGAGUUGUUUUGCAUGAAAACUCAGAAAUACCCACCGAGCCAAUGCCAGGGAUAUUCGAAGUUGUGAAAAGUAGGUUUUUGCAGUAUCAAUUAAAUGCAAUUAAAAAAUUAUUUGAAGAGAGACCAAUUUGGACCAAAUCAGGAAUUAUGCAUAAGGCUAAUAUCAAUCAAGAUACAGCCAAAAAUACUUUGCCCUGUAUAGCUUAUUAUUGUCACGGGGGACCUUGGAGAACUUGCUGGAUCAAAUUUGGAUACAACCCUGUAACUGAUUUCAAUUCAAGAAUAUACCAAAUUUUAGAUUUCAGAAUUCGUCAAACAGAAGGAAUGCAAGUUAAAAUUAAACCUAAAAAGACAUCAUUUCAUAAUCUAGCACCAGGAUUUGAUUUGAAAUACCCCAAUAAUAAUGAGGUGAAUUAUAUAAUUAGGCCAAAUCAAGUACCACCGGCAAGGCAAAUGUUUUAUCAAUAUUGUGAUAUUAAAAUCCCAGAAGUACAAGAAAUGCUCAUGAAGCUUCCAAAAUUACCACCAACAGCCAAAUACGAUCAAAAAAAUGGUUGGUUGCCAUUAAGUUUUCAAGAACACUGCAGAGAAAUUGUUAAUAAAUACAUAUUCGAGGCUGUGCAGCAAGAAAUACUGAAAGAAAAAAAAAGUCAAAAAACUGUUCCGUCGCCUGAAAAUGUAACUGCUUAUUGUAGUCAAAUGUUGAGCAACAUGAAAAAAGGAAUUACUUCUCAAAAUCAAAAUGCGGAAGUAGAGUUGGGAUCAGAAGAAAAUGUUAUUGAAGAAAUUGAUUUGAGCGAUGAUGAUGGCGAAGAUGAAGAAAUUGAUGCUAUUUCAGUGAUGAAUAAUCUUCCACAAAGGAUACCAGGCAAUUUUGAUGAAGAGGAUGAUGAAGAUUUAGACAUUGAUUUGGAGGCGGUUGAAGAAGUUAAUGAGAUUGUCGCUGCUGUGAAAGAUCAACAAAUACAUUAAAAUAUUAAAUUAAAUAAGUUAAGGAUAAAUUUAGACAAUAAAAACUUGAAACCAAAAAAAUUGAAUUUUUCUACUGACGUUUCAUAAUAGCAACUUUUCGAUUGUCAUUUCAGUUUUGAAACGACAUUCUUUUAGGCACUGAGUCCGUGAAAGUUACUUUUAGGCACUCAGUGCGUAAAAGUGACUUUUGAAUGCGUAAAAGUGACUUAUGAGUGCGUAAAAGUAAUUUUUAAGCACUAGUGCCUAAAAGUGUCAUUCAUUAUUCAGAAAUAAAAAACACACUAAACACAUAUUUGAAUUUUGUUUUGUAUUUAUUAUGAAUAUUGAAAAUGGAAUUACUGAAUUGAACGUUUGGGUUACUCAAAACAGAACUUUGUGUUAUUACCUACUUUCUAGGAUUUUAAUUAUUGAUGUCGAAUUUUGAAAAGAAAAUCGCAUGAAAAGUGUCAGGUGUCAAGUAAAAGCAGGUAACAAAGAUUUUGGGUGUAAUCGACUUAUUCACAUGAAAUAAAAUUGUCUUUUUUUAUUAUAAAAUGCCAGUAGAAAAAAUCUUGUAUACAAUACGUUACGAAACGAUGUCUUUUAGUCACUCGACGUGUUGUCCAACUCGGCUUUGCCUCGUUGGACAAUUUUCACGUCGCGUGCCUAAAAG